UGCGAGCCGCUAACUCGUCACACAGCCCGCUGCACUGCUACUUCUACUAUCUCUCUCUCUCUCUCUCUCUCGCUCUCUCUCUCACGCAGCGAUGGCCAUGGAGACCAGACCCGACGAGCCAGAGGCGGCACCCGCUAAAGAGGUUGUCGUCGCUGAGGUGCUGUCGGCGGAGAAGGAGGUUGUCGACAAAGAGACGUCGCCAGAGGCUGCCAUUGAGGCGGACACACCGGGCAAGAAACCAGCUUUGGAAGCGGCGCUGGCUGCCGAGGCGGAGGAGGAGGCGGGGGAGAAGAAGGCCGCCGUGCAGGAGGUGGAGGCGAAGGAGAGCAGCGUUGUUGCGGCUGAUCGGGAGGACCCCGAGAAAAAGGCCCUCGACGAGCUCAAGCAGCUCGUCCGGGCUGCCCUCUCCAAUAAGGAGUUCUCCCCUCCUCCUCCUCCUCCCGCUCCGGCUCCGCCGGCUCCCGCCACAGCCGAUGCCGCCGUCGUGCCGACGGAGGAGCUUACCUCCAAAGCGGAGGAGGUUAAGGCUGAAGAAGAAACCGCUACUACAGCCGUGGUGGAAUCUCCGAAGGCUGUGGUGGAAGAGCCGGCCCCAUCGAUCAAGGAGGAAGAGGCCGAGGUGCCAGCUCCGACGCUUCCGACGACGGAGGAGAACGCCGUCGUAGGAGAUGACGACGGAGCCAAGACCGUCGAGGCCAUAGAGGAAACCGUCGUGCCCGUCGCCGCUCCACCACCUGCAGUAGACGAUGCGCCGGCGGCAGAAUCCCCGAAGAAGGAGAAGGAAAACGAGAAACCAGCUGCUCCUGCAGCCGCCGCGCCGUCUCUGCCGCCGGCAGAGGAGAUCUUCAUAUGGGGCGUCCCGCUCCUCGGCGACGAGAGGAGCGACACUGUUCUCCUCAAGUUCCUCCGCGCCCGGGACUUCAAGGUGAAGGAAGCCAUGACCAUGCUCAAGAACGCCGUGCUCUGGAGGAAGGAGUUCGGCAUCGAGGAGCUCCUCAACGAGGACCUUGGCAUCCCGGAGAUGGAGAAGGUGGUGUUCAUGCACGGCAUCGACAAGGAGGGCCACCCUGUGUGCUACAACGUCUACGGGGAGUUCCAAAACAAGGAGCUUUACGCUGCGGCCUUCGCCGACGAAGAGAAGCGGAAGCAAUUCUUGCGAUGGAGGAUUCAGUACCUGGAGAAGGGGAUAAGGAACAUGCUGGACUUCAAUCCGGAAGGGGUAUCAACCAUGGUUCAAGUCACGGAUCUCAAGAACUCGAUCGGGUUGGCGAAGAAGGAGCUCCGCCAGGCUCUCGACCUGCUUCAAGACAAUUAUCCUGAGUUUGCGGCCAAGCAGGUAUUUAUCAAUGUCCCAUGGUGGUACCUGGCUUUCAACCGGAUGAUUAGCCCCUUCUUCACACAGAGGACCAAGAGCAAGUUUGUUUUCGCAGGGCCAUCUAAAUCAGCUGAGACCCUUUUCAAAUACAUUGCUCCUGAGCAAGUCCCAGUUCAGUUUGGAGGCCUUAGCAAGGAGAACGACCCAGAUUUCAGCACUUCCGAUGCUGCAACGGAGAUCACCAUUAAGCCAUCAAUGAAGCAAGCUAUAGAAAUUCUAGUUACUGAGCCAUGCCUUCUCGUCUGGGAGCUUCGUGUUCUAGGCUGGGAUGUCAGCUAUGGUGCUGAGUUUGCGCCCACCGCAGAAGAUGGAUACACAGUGAUCGUGCAGAAGGCGAGGAAGCUGGUCGCGAUCAAUGACCCGGUGGUGAAGGACAGUUUCAAGAUUGGGGACGCCGGCAAGGUGGUUCUCACGGUGGGCAACACCAGCUCUAAAAAGAAGAAGCUCCUCUAUAGAUAUAAGACCAAGAGCUCUACUGAUUCCAUCUGAGAACUUCGAUGCUAGAAGAACAGAAGAUGAAUGAUCAUAAACUGAAUCUUUUGAAGUGCCAUUUGUUGUUGAUUUCAUGGAGAGUUCAAUUCCCAGCUGCUUACAGUUUUGUAUUUCAUCUUAGUAGACCUGUGUUGUUCUGUUGGAAUCGAAUUUGUUUUCUGUAAAUUAUCUGUACACAGUUUGUCUGUCA